AUGUAUCCACCCCAGCAGCACCUACAACCACAGCUGUUGAUGCACAACGGGCCGUAUGCGAGCGGAUUCUACGGACCCCCACCUCCCGGAUACGGAAGUCCUUACAAUAACGGCCCGGCAUCGGGAAUGAUACCAGGGAAUGUUUCUACGCAGCCUGGAAACGCAAACGUCCGUCCUGGUUCGUGGCAAGGCAGCGCUAGUGAGUACGCCGCCGCCGCCCCACGCCAUUACUCCUACCAACCGCAACAAGUGCCCCCGCCGCCGCAAGCAUACUACCGAGGACCUCUCCCUGCUACAACAAAAUCCAAUAUCAUGCCACCGUCCGGACGUAGUCGAUCCAACAGCUACAGCGAAGACCCCGUCUCCUCGUACCAGCCGCACUAUCAGCAGCUGCACGCCCCGCCACAAGAGACCGCUGGCGAAACGAAACCACUCUUGCAGAAGACCGCCUCCGAUCGCUCGCUCACCAAAAGAAAAACCGAAAAAGGAGGAGGACGUCGUCGGCAUCGUCACCGGAAGUCACACUCUUCCUCCGCCGCCAUGCCUGCUGUUUACGGUGCAUUUUGGAACGGGCCCGACGCAGUUGCUAACAACAACGUCAAGUCCGCCACUAACUCUUCGGGGUCGGCUCCGGGAAACUUUUCGCCUCGCGGUGAGCUGAUGGGCUUGUGGAACAGUCGCCCCAAUCCCAAACCUGACUCGCCCCGAAUGGCCACCAACAAGUCUUCUUUCCCGGCUUCCUACCAAGAUUUUAACCAGCCAAUGUCCCGGUCACCCCAGCAUUUGCCCAGUUUACCCGGCGUCAUGCCGUCGCCCUUUGCGGAAAGCCGUGGCGAAGCUGUCUUUCUGGCUCAGCGCAAGAGUGGAAAAUCUGAAUCUUCCCGGAAACGCCACGUGCGCCAACAGAGCGCCCAGCUCUUUGUUGAAGAUGUCAAAGGCGUCGAACAGCCUAAGGCCUGCAGGGACGUAUUCUUCCUCCUCCUCUUUGUUUUUCAUCUGAUCUUUGUCUUAUUCCUGUAUCACACUUACGCGUACGCUGCCUUGCCCGAUGUGGACGAUGGGGACGUGUUGGAAAUAGAACUACAGGCAGAAGACGACGUUGCCACGGACAACGUGACGGUGUAUUACAAAAACCUGGUCUAUAUUUCCUGUCUAUGCGGAGCGUUGACUGUGGUUCUGUCAGCCGGUUUGCUGAUGGUUGUGACAAAUUUUGCGAGGCAGUUUGUGCAAGUAUCACUCAUCGUCGUCAUCACACUCAGCUUUGUUUGGGGUACGGUCGGGAUUGGACUGAGCCCAAAGAAUGUGGUGCCGAUUACUGGAGUCAUCGCUUUGGCCCUGAGCGUAGCGUAUACCUUUAUCGUAUGGGAUCGCAUUCCCUUUGCAGCCGUAAAUCUUUUGACAGCAUCCUCUGGAGUCCGAGCCUUUCCUUCCAUGAUUAUAUUGGCCUUUUGUGUGCAAGCGCUGGCUCUGGCCUACAGCAUCUUCUUUGCGAUCACGGCCUUUGGCAUCUACGACUCCAUUAAUGACGGACGAAUUCAUGCUUCGGAACGAAUGGCCGUUAUUAUAUACGCUUUAAUUGGCGUAUCAUUCUACUGGACCUACCAAGUGCUGCUGAAUACCGUCCAAGUGGCGACCUCACGUAUUAUUGGUAACUGGUGGUAUCAACCCGAUGGCCAGGCAGUGGUCAAGCAUUCAACUUUUGAAACCAUCUUUUAUUCUAUGGGUUCCAUUUGCUUCGGCAGUCUCGUUGUCGGCCCAACUUGCAUGACCUCGUGUGUUGAUUCUCUCACUGAGAGUAUCAAUCCCUGGGCAUUCACUUACAUCGGUUUAUACGGCUACGGUUUUGUUGAUUCUGGUCAGCAAGCCACCAAGCUUUUUCAGAAGCGUGGCUGGACAACGAUCGUAUCAGACGACCUGAUUCCGAAUGUUUUGGUGAUGACUAGCCUGGUCAUUGGAGGCGUCACAGGAUGCUUUGGGUAUCUUAUUUCCGGAAUGCAUAGUUUGCACGUUUUGUCUAUCGACCAGCCGGAAAUUGUAUCGUUUGCCACAGGCUUUGCAAUCGGUCUGGCCAUGACGAGUGUUCUCUUGGGUAUUAUUGGAAGUUCUGUUAACGCUGUCCUGGUCUGUUUUGCAUCUAGUCCAUUGGACUUUGAAAGGAACCACCCGGAACUAAGCCAUGAAAUGCGAUCGGCCUGGCGUGAAGUGUGGCCCGGAGCGCUGGAUAUGGUGGACUUGCGCAUCAAUCUAGGCAUGUUGAGCUCUUCCGGCGCGCACGUCCCAGCCGUGUAG